AUGGCAGCUCGGCUCGGUAUUUACCGAGCGUCAACACAUUGUUUGAUUAAUCGUGAGAAAAACCCAGAAUUCUCUAUUCGUUUUAGAUGGAGCCAACCUCAGGCAAGCCAGACCUUCUCCGCCGGCGGCAAACUCGAGAAGUUGACUAAGUCUACAGAUUUCACCGCCGAUAUAGUACGGACGCUAAAGCCUGAAAGGAUUGCAGUGGUCCACAUCGGCACGAAAGACACCUCUAGUUUCCAUUCGUUUAUUGAUUUGUUCAAUUACUGCAAGCCCGUGACUUAUGUGGAUGUUGGAGCUAGAGGCUAUGACUCCUACAAAGCGCUGGAAAUAAUGGAGGUCGCAGCCAAGUUUGGUUAA